ACGCCGCGGCUGCGCUAUGGCUGCGCCGUGCUUUGCUUGGGAGCUGGUGUUUACGAACGAAGCUCAACAAGUUUACGUGAUCUGUCUUUCAACAAGUUUAACAUUUCACUUCGUCUGGGAGUUGAACAUAUGGAUUAACACUUUGCUGAACACGCCCUCUCACCUCAGCUUUGGACGCGUGCCGCCGCAAUGGAAAAGCCGGAAACGAAAUCGGCGACUACGUCGGAGAGGAGGCAAGCCAUACUGAAGACGAUCGAGAGGCGAGACAGCUGCAAGAAAAGAGCCGCGCAGAUCGUGGAAGAGAUGCUGGAGAGCUCGCUGUCCGAGGAAUGGCUCCUUGGAGUUUUGCACGAACUAUCUCAGCAAGACUACCAGGACGCCGUUGAGGAAAGAACAAUUGUACGGCUUUGUGGCUACCCACUUUGCAACAAGAAUAUUGCUCAGGUACCAAAGCAGCAAUACCACAUCUGCAUGAAAACCAAGAAAGUCUACGACAUCACGCAUCGCAAGCAAUACUGCAGCAACACAUGCUAUCGUGCGUCAACAUUCCUGAAAGGUCAGCUGUGGGAUGGACCACUUUGGCUUCGAGAUGAAGCAGACACCACUGCAAAGUACAACGUCUAUCGCGAAGAAGAGAAUCUUGCACGAAGCACGAAAAAAGAUGGCCGUGGUGAGGAAGUAGAUCUGGGUCACAGCCGUCUGGCCGAGAAAGACGUUGAAGGUCCCCAAGAGAGCAAACCUGCAGACAUGCUGAAACCUGCGAAGGACGUCUCGCCCUAUGUGACCCCUGAUGCUUUGAAGAAGUUGGCCGAGAGCAUCGACAAAAUGAGCGUGCGCAGUCAGAAAUCCCCAGCCCAGGCAAGGAACAUUGAAGAGUCUGCCACUGAAGAUCACGAACGAGAGGAUGGCCUCGAGCCCGACAACGAAAUCCGCAGCACAGAUGUGAGGCCGCCCGUGGAAGCUUCAAGUCCACCCAGCAACGACGAACCAGCAGCAGCCCAAAAGGUGACGAGUCCGGCAAGAAGGAGUGUCCCCAGUCGCAACGACAAAUCGUGGCAGAACGCCUUGGCUAGUGAACAAGCCAGGGCAGCGAAAGCUUCGACCGCAAAGAGCGACACCGACGGUCCCCCGAUAGAGAGAGUCCAACAAGCCUUGAAGCAGUGGAUCACGGCGGAGACGGUGGCCUUUCUCGUCGGCGACGGCGCAGCCAGGCGAUUUCGGAUCAACAACCGGAGGCAGGAGGAAGCCAUGAAAGUGGAGCGCUAUCACGCGCUCUACUCAAAGCUCUGCAAACGUCUCGACGAGCAGGAGAAGGCCGAGGAAAGGCUCGCGGCAGCUCCCUUGGACUCCGACGACGACGAAGACGCGCCGGUUCCAACAAAACCGACGGCUCCUGUGCCGACGAUGGAGCAGCUCAGACGAGAUUCGGAAAAGAAGAAACUUGAGAUUCGCGAACGGCACCAGGAUACCUUCGAGAAGAAAGACGUGUGUGCGAGGACUAAAGAAAGUGCUGCUACGUUGGGGUCAAAGAAAGGUGGUGGCAAGCCAAGAAAGGAAAAGAAGGUGGAGAAUACCAACACGACAGACUCGUGCGAACGGGAACCCAUCCUUCCGCUCGUCGACAGCCACGCACAGAAUGUUCAUCGACGCAGGAUAGUGUUCAAUUGGUUGAGGAAAGCUCUCCCUGACAUCUUGGACAUAUUGUACAUGGAUCUGUCAGAGGUGUCAUCAUAUUUGACAGAACUUAUCUUGACAUUUAGGCUCUCGGCUGAAAAUAUCACCUUCAGGUUGGAAACCUGGGCACACAUAGCAGCCGGGAUACUGGUCAUGCUUUCGAGAAAAUGCCCGCCACUUAACUCUGCCAUUAUGAUGGAGGAAUCACGGAGGCGUUUCUCUAUUUUCUUGGAAGACAAUGGACUUUCCCUGCAGAAUCUAACAUAUGUGGUCGAUGACUUGCUGGGCAGUUAACGCACCUGCUAGGCUUUAUGAAUUGUUAGUAAACUCAUUCUUACAUUACACAUGUCUAC